AAUUAUUUAGAAUAUACUUAGAAAGUUUUCUAAUGCUUUGAAUAAAAUAUUUGAUUCCAAUAUAUACAGUUUUUUAAAGGGUAUCUAUAUUUUUUUCAUUUUCCGUGUUAACGUUUAAAAAUUUAUAUGUAAUUCAAAUAUGACUCAAACCCAUAUAAAUGAGCCUACAACAUCUAGAAAGUCCUUUGAAAUUCCGGAUCAAAUGUUCUCAGAGAGAGAAGCUAUUCGCCAAUACACCGCUCCUAAGUUUUGGAACCUUCCAGCAUCACCACCAGGGAAUCCAUCUCCAAUACUGGAAAAGAAAUUUGAACAUUUCCGAAUGUUAAAAGAAAGAAACAUCCAUUUAAACGAAAAUCUUGAUAAUUCAACAUCGUCCCAAAAUCCAUAUUUAUUAGAUAAAUUGAUAAAUUAUGUGGGCAUUAAAGAUUAUUAUGGAUCAAAUCUACCAGAAGAGUUACAAACAUGGAAAGAGUUAGAAACACUAAAAAUGACUAGAAACGAAGAGAAAAAUACAUCUUCCUCAGAAAUACAAGAUAAGCCGUCAGAAAAAUGCUUGCAAAGAGACAUUCAUUUCGUGUCAAAAGAAUAUUCAUCAAAAAAUAUAUGAUAUCUUCCAAAAUAUCUUUUUUUCUCUAAAAUC